UUUGCUUGUAGGGGCGUCAAGAUCCAGAAGGCGGCGUAGCGUAAUGUGGAAGCGGAAGUGAAAGUGAAAGAACCCGUUGUUUCAAAUGUUCCACCGACCAAUGAAACGCUCCGUUGUUUCACUUCCGCGGUCUGGUUCUUGAUGACGUUUUUGCGUCAUUCUAUCAAACACGAAAGGCAGGGUUUCUGGAACAGUUGACAUGUCCACGUUGAAAAAAAUCACUGCGUUGUUCAUCAUAAGAUGAAGAAAGAAGAUCUAAAUCAAAACAUGGUGACGUUUUCUGCGUAACGUUAGUUCCAGGACAGGAUUUUCUAACACAUCUCAUCGAGGGAUACUACUGGAUCUUUAGAGACUCAUCGGCUGCCUCCCCUGCAGUGUCAAGAUGCCAGUGGACAGAAUGAGAAUGCGCCCCUGGUUGGAGCAACAGAUUGAGAGUGGGCAAAUUCAAGGUCUUCACUGGCUCAAUGAGGAGAAAAAGAUAUUUCAGAUACCGUGGAUGCAUGCAGCCAGACAUGGAUGGGAUUUGGAAAAGGAUGCACCUUUAUUUAUGAACUGGGCCAUUCACACAGGAAAGUAUCGCCCAGGUAUUGACAAAUCAGACCCUAAGACAUGGAAAGCAAAUUUCCGCUGUGCUAUGAAUUCUCUACCAGACAUUGAGGAAGUGAAAGAUAAAAGCAUGAAGAAAGGAAACAAUGCCUUCAGAAUGUACAGAAUGCUUUCCUCAUAUGAAAAAGUUGUUAAGAAAGGGAAGAAAAAGAUGGACCUGGAGCAAAGAGCAAAAAGGGUUUUUCAGAAACGGAAAGCUGGCACUCCCAGAAAAUAUAAAAUUACAAAAGAACAAAGUGAAGAGAACUUAAUGGAAGAAACUACACCGGACAGCACUGUGCUAUUUGCUGAGCAGGAGAGCUUCCCUGUGCCCAUGUCAUCUGAGAGGGAGAUGGCUGUAGCUGAAUUACCUGAUGUGUGUGCAGUUGUUGAGGUGGCAACGGAGAAUGAAGAACCUGCGUUUAGCUCCACUGAUAUGUGUCUGCCUCUCCAGGACUCCCAUGUUUCAUCCUACAGUGAGAGUGACACAGAGAGCACAAACAGCGAGGAAGACUUAGCACAGCUUCCCCGGGACUUGUCCUUAAAAGCUUCACAAAGAUCAUCAUGUAGUUCUGUGUUAAGGAUCCCAUCAUCAGCUCAAUCCUCACCAAACACAUUUUUCACAUCAACAAAAAUCAAUUUCAAAGUGACCAGCUGCAGAGAGGACUCACCCCUAAUUGCUUACAACACUCCUCCAUGGUUUCCCUGCCUGUUUAGUUUCCAAAACGUCACAGACAUGCGACCCUCAAGUCCUGCCCCCUCACCAGAUCUCACCAGCAGCCUGGCUUCUCAGGCAAGUGUGAUAGCUAAAGCUGUGGACCUCUCUGUUGCAAAACACAAAACACUACAAUGAAGACACUUGAAAUGUACAACCCGCUGCUAUUCAAAUGAUACAUAUACACCCAUACUUCAACAUUAAUCAAGUACUCUCAGGUGUAAGAUUUCCCUCAAAUAUUAUCCUGUGUUCGUGUUCAGCUUUUAAAACCAAACAGAGUUCCAAGCUAUCUGAAUCCGUUAUAUUACAUAUCAUUAUAUUUCUGAAAUAGUUUGCAGCACACUACCUCAUUCUCAUAACUGCAUUAAAUUUGUAACUUGUAGAACUACCUCACGGAUGUGACACUUGAUCACAGAAGUUGUCAGUGUAAGCUAGUAAUGAUGCAGCAUUGGGAGAAUAUGCUUGUAUUAAUUUAGCAUUGGAGUGACAUUUCAUACAUGUUGACCGUAUAUAUAAUAAAACAAUAAAGAACGAAAUAGAACAGUUACUGGGGAAUUUUUAAGGGGAAUUUGUAUGCGUCUUUCUACAGGGUACUGUAGCAAUAUUGAAAUCACAGUUUUUGAAAGAUAUGAUUAAGGUUUCAGUACAUUCAUAUAUGAAAUUGUCAUGACAUUUGACAUUUUUGUCACUCCAGACCAACAGAAUUAUUGAACUGUCUGUCUGGAAACUUUAAGUUUUACUUGAGGUUCAGCUCUCCCAUGUUAGUAGGGCUAUAAAUACUUGAAUAGAGACACUCAGAGUUGUGUAUUAACUUGUCAAACCGUUCUCAUUUGUGUUCUGAAUCACUCUUAUUUUAAGGUAACGAGAUUUUGCUAUUGUUUUUGUAUAAAGUAUUUUUAUACAACAGUCACUAAUUUACAUAAUGAACAAAUACAGUAUGGAGAUUAAAAAGCAAAUAUAAAAACAGGUUUAUUGUAGUGUCAGUGAUUAAAAAAUUACACAAUACAAAAUCUUUUCAACACUCAUUUGUUGUAUAAUGUACAUUAAAACAGUGGUUCAAAGUGUUAGUAGUGGUACUAGUUAAAAAGAUGAAUGUGGAGUAGAAAAGCAAAUCACUUUUGUUGCUGCAUCUAACCUUGAUUUUACAAUAGAGGGAUGAGAAGUCAAUGUUUUACAACUCAGACUCUGUGUAUGCAGUGGUCUAAAUAAUAAAUUGUAUUCUUGGUUUUCACCAAUUGUGAUUUUCAUUCUUCACGUCAUUUGUUUCAUCUAUAAAUUUCAUUUGUUUUAUACAAAGCUAGUGGUGUACAAUUUCAUGUUGUUAAUGGCGCUAUAUUCAUAACAAAAAUGUGUACAUCUAUAACAAGCUUAUUAUAAUGUUUCAUGCUCAAUUCCAAUUAUGUUUCACUGAAUUGAUAACUUAACACUGUUGCACUGCUAAUAUAAAACAUCUCAAUUAGAUGUGACUUCAAUUCUAUAUUAUACACAGAUGUUUAAAAGCAAUAGUUCACCCAAAAAUGAAAAA